AGCACAGAAAAUCAACAACAGCUGUGGCGCGUCUCAUCAAACCUCUCCGUUUCUUUUCUUCUCCCCUCCGCCCCUUCCCCACAUAUCCUUUCCUAACAAAAUUCACAAGAAACAUGGCUUCGCUACCACCAUUGCCCAGCGUACCGGGGACAGACCCCUCAGCAUGUAUCCUGGACGCAUUUCGAACAGCAAUCGCACAGCGUGUGUCUGAUGCGUUACCCCCACUCACCCUCGAACAAGCCUACUCAGGUGUUGAUUAUGGGAAAAAAGGCGUCGAUUUUACCGUCGCACUACCCCGAUUUAGGCUACCAGGGAAAGUGGACGAACUGGCGAGUAAAGUGAUUAGCAAUUUCCAACCUGAUGAAUACGUCGCCUCUGUAACCCACGAUAAGGCAUUCCUCCAUUUCCAACUAAACACCUCAAAUCUUAUUCGAGGAGUCCUUCACCAAGUAUACGAUCAUACAGCCAACAAACCAGAAGGAAAAUCCACCUACGGUACUAACACCUCUGGCAAGGGCAAGAAACUCGUCAUCGAGUACUCUUCCCCAAAUAUCGCUAAAUCAUUCCACGUCGGCCAUCUUCGAAGUACGAUCAUUGGUGCUUUUUUGGCAAAUCUGUACAAAGCUUGUGGGUGGGACGUCGUGUCUUUGAAUUAUUUGGGUGAUUGGGGUACCCAAUUCGGUAUGAUAGCCACAGGAUUCGAAAAAUACGGCUCUCAAGAGCAGCUUGAAAAGGAUGCGAUCAAGCAUCUAUACGACGUCUACGUCCAAGUCAACAAAGACGCCGAGUCAGAUCCAUCCGUAAAAGUCCAAGCUGCAGGUUGGUUUAGACGGAUGGAAGACGGCGACGAAUCGGCGCUCGUCAACUGGCGAGUAUGGCGAGAGCUCAGUGUGAAGAAGUAUAUCGAAGAGUAUGACCGACUGAACGUCGCGUUCGACGUCUACACGGGAGAGAGUGAUGUGGGUAAGGACUGGCAGGAUAAAGCGCUCCAGCGACUGGACGAGAUGGGCUUGAUCUCCGAUGAAAAAGGCGCCAAGUUGGUCAACUUGGAGAAGUGGAAAUUAGGUCGAGCAAUCUUAAGGAAGGCCGAUGGCACAUCGAUAUACCUUACUCGAGACAUUGGCGGAGCUAUCGAGCGAUAUGAGAAGUUCAACUUCGACAAGUCAAUAUACGUAGUCUCUUCCCAACAAGAUCUCCACAUCGCACAAUUUUUCAAGAUUCUUAAGCUCAUGGAAUUCCCCUGGGCAGAUCGACUCGAGCACGUUAACUACGGGCUCGUUCAAGGCAUGAGCACUCGAAAAGGAACCGCCGUGUUCUUGGAUCAAAUCAUUCGGGAAGCACAGAGUGUCAUGCAUGACCAGAUGAAGAGGAAUGAAGAGAAAUAUAACGCUAUAGAAGACCCAGAGACUACCAGCCGAGAAGUUGGAAUCACGGGUGUCAAAAUCCAAGACAUGGCUGCCAAAAGGAUAAAUAACUACACGUUCAACUGGGAUCGAAUGCUCUCGUUCGAAGGUGAUACGGGACCAUACCUCCAAUACGCACACGUGCGACUCGCAUCUAUAGGACGAAAAAACCCACAUCUUCUCCCACUCCCCCACCCUUCUCAACUCGACACAUCAUCGCUAGACUCCUUCUCACACGCGCGCGAUAUCGUUUUCCUCCUUGGCUCAUAUCCAGACGUAGUCAAGGUCGCGAUGAAGACGCACGAGCCCAGCGGGGUGGUGACCUUUGCUUUCCGGCUGGCCCACGCGAUAUCCAGUGCGUGGGAGGUGUUGAUCGUCAGGGGUGAAGAGGACUUGGAGAAAGCUCGUGCCCGGAUGUGGUUGUAUACUACUGCUAGGGAUGUUCUCGCUGCUUCGAUGCGGUUGUUGAGCAUCAGGCCCCUGGAGCGGAUGUAGGGAUUUGAGAUACGCAGAUAUAUAACACGUAGAAGUACUAUUGGUGAUGAUACUCUCUUAAUGAUUUGUCCUAUCUGGCUCGAAUGCUGCGAUAUGUUU